AUGGCGGCCGCGUACAUGGGACACGCCGACAUCGUGCGGAUGUUGCUGGACGCGGGCGCCCGCCCCGACACGCGCGACGAGGACGGGCGCACAGCGUUGGCAGUGGCAGCCCUAUGCGGCACGGGUGCGGCGUGUGCGUCGCUGUUAAUCGAGCGCGGCGCUGACGUCACCGUGGCAGACAGAGACAGCGCUACGCCACUCUCAGUCGCCGCCUUCGAGGGACACACUGAGAUAUGCGAGGUGUUACUGGAAGCGGAGGCGGACAUCGAGGCGACGGACUCUAGCGGCCGCACUGCGCUGUGGGCGGCGGCCUCGGCGGGCCACGCCCCCACCGUGCGGCUGCUGCUGUUCUGGGGCGCCUGCGUCGACAACAUGGACGACGAGGGUCGCACUGUGCUCAGUACGGCCGCUGCACAGGGUAACGUGGAGGUUGUCCGUCAGUUGCUGGACCGUGGUCUGGACGAACACCACCGAGAUAACUCGGGUUGGACUCCGCUACACUAUGCAGCAUUCGAGGGCCAUAUGGAAGUAUGCGAGGCGUUGCUGGAAGCUGGUGCCAAGGUGGACGAGGCUGACAACGAAGGGAAGGGUCCGUUGCUCCUGGCGGCUCAGGAAGGUCACGUGGAGCUGGUCAUAAUACUGCUGGACAAGUGGAACGCGCCGGUCGAUCAACGGGCCCACGACGGCAAGACUGCGCUUAGGUUGGCAGCCCUUGAAGGUCAAUUCGAGACGGUGUCAGCAUUGCUGAUGCGCGGCGCUGACGUGGACGCGGUGGAUGCUGACAGACGCAGCACCCUGUACGUGCUGGCCUUGGACAACCGGGUGGCCAUGGCGCGGCAGCUGAUAGCUGCCGGGGCUAGCGUCAGCAGGAGUGACACCGAGGGUCGGACUCCUCUACACGUGUCCGCUUGGCAAGGCCACACCGACAUGGUCAAUUUACUGAUCAAAGUUGGUAGGGCAGACGUGGACGGGCGCGACCGUUGCGCCCGCAGUGCGCUGCACGCGGCGGCGUGGCGCGGACGUGCCGCCGCGCUGAGGGCGCUGCUCGCUCACGGAGCCUCGCCCUCCGCCGUGUGCACGCAGGGCGCCACCCCGCUAGGCAUAGCGGCGCAGGAAGGGCACGAGGAAUGUGUGAUGUGGCUACUGCAGCAUGGCGCAGACCCUCUGCAGGCAGACCAUUGUGGUCGAACACCAGCGAAAGUGGCUUGGCGGGCAGGCCACGGUAAUAUCUGUCGGCUUCUAGAGAAGUGGAGCGCUCCAUCCGCGCCGCCGGUCCAACCAGCACCGCAGUCGCACCACGAAGACUUGCUGGCUCCCCUCAGAACUGGUUCGCCGGAGUACAAACGUCGCAGCGUGCACAGUUCCAACUCAACCAAGUCAUCGUCCAACAUGACGGGGGGAUCCAGCAAGUCUCACGAGCAGGAUGACAACAUAGAAAAGGUGAGUCGUCCGCACGCACUGUCGUUCGCGCAGCAAGUGGCGCGGUGCGGGCGCGGGCGUCGCGAGCGACCGCGGGACGAGGUCGUGCCGGAGCACGAGCGGAGUGACGACAAGCUGCGGAGCUAUGCGGCUAACGAGCGAGAUAGCGAUAUACGCGGUUACGCGAGAGAACGAGAUAGAAUUCGAGGUGACACCUCGCCUCUCUACACUUCACCCCCGCGGUCACCCACACCGCCAUUAACUCAAGUUCCAGGAUCUCAACCGGCCAGCCUGACGUCGCACCCCACCGCUACGGACACACACUUCAACAGAGACACACACAUGCGCAUCAUCUUGGGGCGCGACAACAAACAACACGACAAGAGCGAGAGCAAAGGCAAGAGAAACGGCAUUGUUACAAAUCCAGCCAUGCGACUGGUUGCUAACGUUAGAAACGGACUGGAUAACGCGGCGGCCAACAUCCGACGAACUGGUGUCGCUCUGGCAGCCAGCGCCUCGUCUGCCAACCCCGCUGUCAAGACCAACGCCUUCCAGUGGAGGAAAGAGACGCCGCUGUAAGACACCUGAUACCCUGGCAUCCAAUCAUCACCAUGUAAACAUAAGCUGUGUUAGAACAAAAAAGUAAAACAUGUGUUGAACACAUGUUUAAAAAAAAGGCUAUUACAAAUCUGUGUCUUUCUGUUGUGUAGCGUUCAACAAUCUUUAAACAUUGCUUAUAUUUUAACACGAGUCGAAGCUUGUCUAAGGUGUGUCUAACGGAUAGAUUAUAUUCAUAAGGAAUAUUAAGUUUAUAUGAUGACAGAUAAAUGACAACUGAUAAAAAUUGCGUUCCGUGCCUUUAUCUACACGCAUGCUUUUAAUCCUCUAUUAAAGAUUCUAAAACAGUUAGCUUAUUGCCUACAAUAAAUCACCCAAUGUCCUAAUAACAAGUGUUGUAAGGAAUACGGAUGAUAUAAUGUUGUAAUGAAUUUCAUUACAACACUCGUUUGGAUGAUGUAAUUGUUACUAGGAAUGUUUCUUUUAAUGUUAGCCGUCAGCUAACUGUUUCAUAGAGGAUUAAUUUAAUAUGUAAAGUCUUGUAUGCAACUGUUGAUAAUUAGGUAUUAAAACACUCAUGUGAUACUAUUAUGUGAUAAACCUACAUUCGUGUUUUAAUACACCUUAUUACACAACAGCUGUAUAAAUAACUAUUAAUUGUUCUUGUACACCUUAGUUUAUAUUGCGUAACGACAUUUUAGUUAAACACAAGCCAAACACUGUUUUGUAAUAGAAAUAAUAAACUCCAUUUUAGAUGUUGUUAGGUCACUGACUCUGUUAAAGUUAGGUCAAUUCAAAAAAACACGUGUCUUAGCCAUGUUUUUUUUUGUAUUAACACCGAAGUAGGUGUUUGAGCGCAGUUCCAUGUGAUUGGGGUCGUAGCCCUGUACGUUACGACUCAUAUUGUAUCGUGACUGUUAUGGGAAGAUAGGUGUUGCCUAACAUUGGGUAAGUCACUUAUUUUGCCUGUUAUUCGCAUAUUGAACUACUACUAACUACUAGAAGUAAAAACUUGUUAGGUCGUGUAAGAAGGACGUUUUUAAAUGACAAUUAUAAAUUGAAACGUUAAUUCCCAAUCAAUAAAAUUGAUUUUUAAUUUCAUAUGAUUCAAAGCAUUUAAAGCAAAAAGGGUAAAAUACAAAAUUUUAGUACAAAUAAUGUUGUAAUUAAUGUUAACUUAAUGGGUUACUCUUUAGUUUUAGGUUCAAUUUAACUUAAAUCUCAACAGAUAAUGAUUUGCCAUUUCAUGAUAGGUGUGCAAAAAUAAACACAUUUAAAAAUGCAGUAUUUUUUAAAUAUAUUUAUGACUGUAGUCAUAAAUAUAUUUAUAUAAUGCCAUCCGCUUAUUAACGCUGUUUCGCCCCGUUAGAUUGAUGUUUUACAAAAAGGAAUACAAGAGAUCAACAGAUAAAAUAGUUUUAUUAAACGAUUCAAUUGUUAAGUUAUUUAUUAAUACGGCUUCACUCACAAUUUAUCGCUGUGGGUACCGAAUAGUUUCGGACCAUUCAGAGGUCCUUCAUAGAUCCAUAGUGCCGAUAAUCACGUAGUGGACAUUGUGAAUACAUUUUGUACAUCAGUGGACACCAAUAGUGACCCCCCCGCCCUGUCCAGCCGCGCAUUACAAGCACAAGUCCGCAGUAAGAGACGGGACGUUAUCGCGAACCCACCACACUCACCCUGAAGAAGGACCUCCGAAUGGUCCGAAACUAAUCGGUACCUACACCGAGAAAAUGUGAGUAAAGCUGUGUUAAUAAAUAAGUUAACAAUGUCUCACAAAAGUUUUAAUGAUUAAAAAUUGUUAUUAUGAAUAAAACGUUUCGUGUUUACAGUAAUUACGUAAGUCAUCGGCAAUUAAUAAUAAUAAUAGUAAUAUUUUUUGUUUGUCUAACGAAAUCCGUUGUCAACAUAGAGCAAGUUAAUGGUAAAAGUACCAUUGUAUUAGCAUAUUAGCAUGUAUUCCAUUUCACAAAAAGUUCCCUUGUUUUGCUGCUAGUAGCACUGGAUUAGCACCGUACCUGGAUAGAACUUGACACUUGGCAACACUUCUGCAGGAAAUUCUUCAAGGAGAGCUUGGUCGAUACCAUUGAUAAAUAUACUUUAUUCCUUCAAUACUUUGCUUUAAUAUAUUUACUACUCGGCCACAUUAUCUCUGGACCUCGCUGGAAUAUGAAACACCCUCCCGUUCCCCUUUCACCCCCUCGCGCUCGUCCUGUUGUGUUAGUACAGUUUAUCUACACCCAUGCUUUAAAUCCUCUAUUAAAGAUUCUGAAACAGUUAGCUUAUUGCCAACAUUAUAACACCCAAUGUCGUAAUAACCAUUACAGUUUUAUUACCGUUAGGCACAUGUCGUGAUAUUUUCGUGCUAUCACUGCUUUGUUUUUGAAGUUUCAUUGUUAAAUUUUGACUUUUGUUGUCAAUAGUUCUGUAGUUUCUGUUCUGUGUCGCUAUAAUAGUACAGCCAGAAAAAUUAGGUCUUUAUUUUCAACUUAACCCAGAUUCUUUCAUUGAUUUUUCAUCAUUAUUAUUAUGAUAAUCUUUAUAUAAAUAUAUAAUAUAGAUAAAAUAAAUCGUUAUUUUUUUAUUAAUAAUAAUAUCCUAGUGAUGCUUGUUUUGCACACCGUAACAAAGCGGCGAUGUGACGUCAUCGACGUCAAGGCCAGAGAUAAUGCAACCGGGUAGUACGCAUUAGUCCCACCGUAGGCGAAAAAGCGAGUGACGAUAAAGUAUCAAAAAGUUUAAGAUACUUGGCUGUCAGUGUCAAGUGUCAUUUUGUGACAUUUAAAUAUUGACACAUCUACACUUAAUAUAAAGCAGUUUAAAACUCGUUUAUACUCAAAUAUAUAACUUCGUAAGUAAAUGUAUUCGUCAUGUGACAUCACCUAUCGUGCGUUGUAGUGAACUUAGAAUAUGAGAUAGAUAUAUCUAUUUAUGUUCUUAACUCUACGUGUUAUAUACGAAAAGCAAUAUUGAAUGCGUCGAAGUGCGCUAUAUGUAUAGAGAUAUAUAUUGUUUUUUUUUUAAUUACGUUAAAUAUUUUUUAACGUAGUUACCUCUUAAAGCAAAAUAAUCUUAUUAUAAUUUCACUCGUUCUUUCUUUAUGAAAUAGAAAAGGAUGAAUGAUGUGAUAAUAUAUUAUGUUUACUGCUAUUGAGUCUACAAAUAUUUAGAUGGAGCCUUUCUUCUUUUAUUAUUACUUUAUAAAAUAAUCUUUGUCUCAUUCUGUUCAUUGUCGGUAUUUUUUAGAGAUGUUUCAUUUAAACAUUAUUGCAUCGAAUUAAAUAAAAAUAAAACUUAAAGCCAAAUAUUGUUUUUUUAUCGAAUAGUCUAGAAGAAUACAAACAUCAUAAAAGUUACGAUAAAUUGUGUAAUUUAACCUGAACUGUGUUUUGGCACUAAUGAUGAUUACUUGAUUUUAUAAUAUGAAAAAGAAAGUCUUAGCAUAAUUUUAAUUCAACAAUUAAACAGAGAGAAACAACCCUACAUUACAAAUAUUGUAUUUGUAUAUCCCCAAAACCUAAAGAGGGUUUCUUCUUCUGUUCACGUAAAUUGGUGAAAACUUCUCUGGGCGCGGUGACCAGUUUGUUUUUAAAUGAGACUGAGCUGUCACGCUCGGUUAUGUAACGCUCGGGUAGUAUCGGCUCGAGUCGGCUAGGGGAGACUAGUUUGUAGCUAGUUGUAUUUCGUAUUAUUAACCUCGUCUUGAAGAAGUUUUCACUUCUGACAUGCAAUUUUUUUAAUUUAUUCUUGUUUGAUAAAAUGUUUUGACUUGAGCUGAUGAUUUCGUUGCCAUGGUUUAAAUUAAUAAAAUAUUGUAAAAACAAAUAAAUGUAAUACUCCUCUGAAAUUAUCAUAAUAUGUAAAACUAAUAAAAAAAGUGUGUGUGUACGUAUGUAUGCACGCAAUAAGUUAUACUUCUUUGGCCCAACGAAGCAAGAAUCAUUAAAAUGAUUUAUUCCUCGUGCUAUUCUACGUUUUUUGAAAGAACAAUUUUGUAAAAAUGUUGCAAAGAUGGCUUUGACAAAUAAUUAUUAAAUUAUCAAUACGGCUAUAUGGGCUUGAACCCUUUGCCUGUCCUUAUAAUGGACGAUGAAACCAAAAGAAAAUAACGAAUGACGCAAACGUCAGAAAAUUUUAGGAAACAACUUCACCCUGUUACUUUUGUGUUACAGUGGUGCACGCGCAUUUAAAAACUUUACUCUCAUCAUUUUUUCGUAACGCGCCUAAUGAAGUAUAACUUAAAAAAAAUGCUGGGGUAUUUAUAAAAAAAUUCAUUCGCAUUAAAAAUGCUUGGGCUACGUGCUACAGAAAGACUUUUAAUAAAUACUCGUGUAGUAAUCUUAAUCACAAGAAUACUAUUGUUAAAUGAUCGGACAAUAUUAUCAUAAAAAUACUGUGCGGACCGUCGUGCAAGUGGCACUAAAAGUCAUCGAGGCUUGAGUUUUAUAUGAUUUAACCAUAGAUCACUUAUACAUCUAGAUAGACUCUGACAGCUGUGAAAACGUCGAAAAAAAUUUGAGGUUAACUGUUAGCCUUUAUGUCGAGCAAUGCACGCAACUAACACAAAGUGACAGACAAAUCGCGAGUGUAAGACGUAGCUAGUCACGCACACUAAAUUAUUAAACCUGGCUUGUUUUCAUCAGUUGUCUUUCUUUUAAGAAUCGUCGUUAAAAUUUGAGUUUAGCUGUUAACAUGUGCAAUGCACGUACACUAACACAAAGUUACAUGCAAAUCGCGAUGCUAGACGUACGCACACUAAAAUAUUGAACUUGGCUUGUUUUCAACGGUUGUCUAAAAGAGGCUCUAUCUAGACGUAUAAAUUAUCUAUGGAUUUAACUAUAGGCUAUAUUUUUUCUAUGUAAAGAUCUCAUCUGAACAAAAUGAUUUUUUGUGUUAUAUAUUUUUUUUGUAUGCGCUUGUGCGCUCUUGAAGUAACUAGUCGAUAACUAUGUAGGUGCCUAUUGAAAUUAUAUGUAUUAGAAUAAUUAUUAUUGUUAGUGAUAAGAAUUCUUGCCAGUAUAAAAAUAUAUUCAAGAUACUACAAUAAUACCGAAUUAAAAGGCAUUACACGCAUUUAUUUUCUCAAUAUUUAUUCCCUUAGAAUUCUUUUUGAUGUCAUUUCUCAAGAAGCUGCGCCAGAAACUCUCCCAGCAUUCUUUAUUUGCCCCCUUUUUAAUAAAAUAAUAAAUAUUGUACUGUCAUUGUUAUUGCUAUAAAAUAAUAAUAAUCUAGUCCCAGGCUGUCCGAUCACUUAGGUAUUCAGCUGUGAAGUAGUAGGAUUUACGACAGAGCUAUUUUUUAAAUAAAAUAUUUAAAUAUUUAUAGAUAAUGCCUGAACAGUGUCUGGGAGUUGAUUGUAAAAGUGUAUACCUUUAAAGCUAUUAUGCAUCUUAUGAAGCUAACUAGAAUUAGUUACAAGCAAUCCCUUAUUUAUAGUGUUAUAAUAAUGAAAAUCACUAUUAAGAGCGAAAAGGUGACGAUUUUUGUGAUUAUAAUUUCUAAACCUAAUAGGUUAUGAUAGCUAAAGUUGUUGAUCGAAAGUUUUGUUACUUCCUUCAGGUUGGUACUGUUGGGUCGACUAAAAUAUUUACAUAGUUUGUAAAAAUAAAAAUUUGGGUUUGUUUCCAGUAGUGGUUCGAUAAAUUUAAAAUAAAUUUAUUUAGAUAGCUCAACACUUUGCUUGGUGACGCUGACUCACAUCACAUACAACUACUAAAUCAAUAUUUAUUGCUAAGUUUCUACUAUUUGGUUUAAUUAAUUAUUUGCAGUAGUAGGCUACAUCACAAAAAAUAUCUUAUUUUGAUUGAAAGUAAUUCUACAAUUAUUUACUCCUAUUGGUAGUUAUUAGAAUGUAUCAGUAUUGAAAUUUUUAUACUGGCAAGGAGUGAAAUAUAUUUAGCGUAUAAAGUGUCAACACCAAUGAGAGGUUUUAGUUUUAUAUAUUUUUGUGUGAAUUUGUUAAUGUCAAAAUAUAUAAUCGAAUAUAUUGUACGUAAUUAAUUAGUUUAUAAGCGAAAUGUUCCCAUUAUAAUUCUGUAAAGUUGCGUCGGCCGGUCGCCAUUUUGUUUUUGGCCGUUCCAUAUUUGAAUGUAUGUAAAAUCGAUUCUCAUUUCCGGUCUAUUGACAUUCCUAUAGUGAUUGAAAUAUUAUUUUGAAAUUGAUUAAAUAAAUUCAGUAUUAGAAAAAGCAUUGAUUAUAGACACUUUAAGGGGGCACCUAGAGAAGUAUAGGUUUUACUAUACCAUACUUUGGUAUAAGAAAUCCUAUACUAGCUUACAGUUAUAAUAUCGUUUUUAAUUUUUCUAAUGAAGAGAGCCAUUUUUUCAGUGUCAUAAAAUUCAAAACAUACACAAAAAACACAAAUCAUAAAUCCAAACAUCGAAUUGAUGAUCCGAUUACUAAAUUAUUAGAUUUUUGUGCAAUGAUUUUAUUAAAUUAUUAAGUGAAAAUCUUUGGGAUCUUGUUAUAUCAAGAGUUAUACCUCUGUAGAUCACUGACAAUGUCUAUUUUUUUAUGGCAAUAAGCGACGAGACGAGCUGGACUUCAGCUGAUGUUAAUUGAUACGCCCUGCCCAUUACAAUGCAGUGCUGCUUAGGAUUCUUGGAAAACCCAAAAAUUCGUCACUUUGAGACAUAAUAUGUUAAUCUCAUUUGACCAGUAAUUUCACUAGCUGAGGCGCCAGACUCAGUUCAGACUGAAAUACGAUAAUGCUUACACAUUACUGCUUCACGCCAAAAAAAGCCGCCGUUGCGGUACCUAUAAUUUAGCCGGCAUCCUGUGCAAAGGAGCCUCCCACUGGUAAGUGCUCCGAGCCGCCUCUUAUGACACCCUUGCGCCUGGGACUUACCUAUUCUUUUUAUGUCCCGGGCACAGGGCGAUAAACAAUUUCCGAAUCACUUAGCGAACAUAACCUAUAAAACGAUAUACAUAAUAUAAAUUUUUAAUAUUCCUUUACAAAACAAUUGAAUAAUCAAAUCAUUACUUUAUUCAUGUAAAUCACGGAAAUGACACUUAUGAAUGUCAAAAAAAAUAUUUUCCUAUUGAAUUUACCGCCACUUCGUAAAAGGUUUAGCUAAUAAAGUGCUAAACAUAAAUAUAGUCUGACAUUUAAAACGAUUGCACACCGGCUCGUGCGUCGCCAUUAUGAAGUGUUGAUAUUAUUGUAUUCCUAGAUGCCCCCUUAAUAUUAUGGUUAAGAAAAUAUAUUUAAAUAUCAUUUAAUGAACAGUUCAAUUUAGUUUACAAUUGUCUUAUGUUGAGCUGUUGCAUUUGAAUUUAUUGAAUGGACACCAAUUUAAAAGAGUUGUUCCAAAAUGGGCUAGUCUUUGAACGUUUGAUUACUAUUUCUUUGAUAUUUUAUUCUAUUUGUCGUGGUCAAAUUCAAUUAUUAUUAAUAAUAAUAAUUAUAAUUGACACUUUGACAUAAAAUUAUCUUGCCCCAAACUAGGCAAAGACUAGACAAUAAUAUAUUUAAUACAAUAUAAACUACAUAUUCAAACAAACAUCCAUAUUCAUCAUAUUAUAAAUGUUUGUUGGAACAAUGAAUCGUCGUUGGCAAUACAGCUUUCUCUAUAAAUAUUUUAUCUACACCGAUGCUUUAAAUGAUCUAUUAAAGAUUCUGAAACAGUUAGCUUAUUGCCAACAUUAAAACACCCAAUGUUCUAAUAACCAUUACAUCGUCCAAACGAGUGUUGUAAUGUUGUACUGAAAUUUCAUAACAACACUCCUAUUUUUUUUUCAAUCCCUUCAUGCUCAAAGUCUCAACAGACAGCCACAUUCUUAUUGCACGAUGCGUGGUAUCUGUAUGAAUUUCAAAAAAAGAACAUUUUCGUUAACGCGCGUUCCACAAUACUAGAACGUCGCGCGCCGUAAAAAAAUUAGGUUAUUCGAAUCCCGGCUCUUCGAUAUUUUUAUUGUUUUGUUUACAAAAAAUGAGCGAUUCCUUUUAAACGCUGCAAAAGAACAUAAUAAUCAAGUGAAUUUUAAUUAUUGCACUAUACAAACUGUAAAUUACUGCUAAAAUAAAUAUUUUUUUCAUUGAUACUUAGUUUAUUUGUAUAUAAUCAGUAAUGGAUGAUAUUAGGUUACUACUAGGGCUAACUCUUUCCACCCACAUUCCAUUCCAGCCACAUUCGUUUUUUAAUACCCCUUAUUACACAACAGUUGCAUAAAUAACAAUUAACGCUAGUUGCUUUUACAUGGCACCAAAAUGGCUAACAUGGUAUCAUGGAGAACCUAUUAAUCUUAGUAAUCUAAGAUUAAUAGGUUAGGUAGGUAAGAGCAGCGGAGCCCAAACCUUGAUACCGCAGACGAGUCGCAAAGUGCGGCAAGUAAUACUACGCCCAAGUGGGCGUACUCGAGCCAGUCUCGAACAGUGAUUUUGACAUGCCACAUAUUAUGCUGUUAAAUUUUGCUAAAAAUUCUAACUAAAAUGCCGGGUUGUGUAGUUAGACUUUGUUAAAAUAAUACUAAAAGAAAUAAGAAAGACACUGGGAUCACGUAUUUUCAGUAAGUAUUUUGUAUUUUAUUAAUUUCAAUGUAAAAUAACACGAAGCGAAUGUUACAAAAUUUAAUGAAAUUGAGUGUCAAGAUGCCACGCACACAAGCAUCAAAUAGUUGCCAUAAUAAAAAAAUAAUUGUUAUUAGGUAGGGUGGUAUCUUAGCUGGAGCGCAGCGGAGACCAAUCCUUAAUCUAAGCCAUAGGUUCUCAACGUGGGCGAUAGCGCCCCCUUGUGGGUGUUUGAGACUUUCUCGGGGGGCAUUAGAAGACCCAGAGAAAAUAAGGGGGCAUUGAGAUGACGCAGAUGGGGCGUGGGAAGAUUAAAAAAUAUAGUCUAAAAAGGCAAAAAAAUACACGAAAAUACUCUAGACAAAAACAUAUUCUCAAAGUGAGCAAAAUAAGGUUGAGAAACUAUACAUUAACGCCAUAUUUAAAUUAUUGCAAAUGUCGGCUUCUUUUAUUUAUAUAUUUUAAAAUAUUUGAACACCUAACCUUAGGUGUAUUUUAGUGGUAAUUCGCGUCAAUUAUUUUUAAUUCCAACCUGAUCUUUCUAGUGAUCGACGUACAAGGUGGUGGCCCAUAGUAAUUUGGAACAAUUCCUUUAUUAACAAUAUGUUAUUUUUUUUAAAUCCUUACGUACUGGGAUUAGUUAAAAUCAAUUUGUAACGAAAAUUUAUGAACGAUGCGGGACUCGAACGCGUGCCCUCUCGCGUUCCCAGCGCUCUUCCAACUGAGCCAACCGUUCGAGUGACGUAUCGUUCGUAAAUCCUAGCAUGUCUUGUUCGACCCUCAGGUUGUGGCUUCAUCUACAGGAUCUACUUUACAGUUGAUAACCUGCUCAACCCCAAUAAUUGCAUAUUAGGAAAUUGACUUGAGAUGUCACUCUUUCAGACCUAAACAAUUUGUUCGAGUCCCGCAUCGGCCAUAAAUUUUGGUUACAAAUUUAAUUUAACUCCUAUAUUCAUUUAUUACCUAUCCACUCCUUAUAUUGUUAUUAGUGACAAACGAAUAGUUUGAUUGACUCUCCAAAAAUUAACAAAACAAAUUCAUCUUUAAGUAAAAAUAGUACCCAUAGUAAUAAAUCUCUAAACAGCCUAAUAAAUAUUAUAAUGGAUUUAGGUAUUCAUUUUCUGACAUGAAAGGAAAUAAAAAGCCUUGUCUGGUAUAUUUUUUUAUUAAUAGUAAAAUAAUGGAGUUUUUAGUUUUAUACAAUUUUUUUUUGCAAUUUCUUUCAGUAAUAAUUUUACUAGCUGCAUACCAUGAAGUGAGCUAUUCAAAAACGACUAAUGUGUAAAUGCCUUUAUCAAUUAUAUUAUGUAUUAUAAUUUUUUUUGUUUGUGUACAAAAUUUUUGCUUUUGCAUUAUCACGAACUUUACUACUAUUGUAGCAGAAGUGGUAGUUUUUGGUAGAAAAUUGUAAGAAUGAUUUAAAAUAGUUUAAGUAUAUAAACGCUUAUUCUGUAUAGUUAUUAUUUAUUUAAAUGACUAAAAAUGUUUGUGUGUGCGAUAAUAAAUGUGAUUGAGUACUGAUA